UUUUAGUGAGCCUUGUGUUAAUUAAUAUGUAGGACUAUUCAGGUUCCUAGUAAUUUUUCUUUUCCUUAGUUAAUUUCUCUGCUAAGAUGUCCAGUGAACUCAACAGGAGUUUGAUUAGUCAGAUACCCAAGGUUAAGUGUUAGUACUGAGGCUUGUUAGUGGGAAGGGUUUUGAGAAAGUGCAUUGUUGAGGAAUCCAAUUCUUGGAUCAGAUUAACUUCAGUGCAAGAGAACUUUGGGACCUGAUAUGUCAAAACAUUUUGUCAGAGUCUUCAGAUGUGGCUCGUAUCCUUAGGGGAACAGAGCCACUGUGACAUACUUCUCAGGUCAUUAUAGCUUCUCUUUCCAGGACACCUCCCUGUUAGAGCUUUGCUCUGUCUGAGACAAUGACCUGGAAGAAGUAGCACUAAGGACUCUCUCACAAAAGCCCUAAUGAGCUGUCUAGAAAGCUUAUGCUGCCAGUUGAGCUGGCUGGCAGAGGCAGUGGCAUUUGGUGUUGGUGAAGGCAUCCAUUUUAUAUUGCUUUAUUUUCUCUCCUUUGAGGAGGCCCUUAAUUUUUUCCCAUAUAUUCAGAGAAUAAACCAAUAGACAAUGGAUGGCCUGAAAAAUGUAGGUGUAUACCAGUAAAAAUGUUCAUGAAAUGACAGUAGAUCGCUUCCCAUACAGGGCUUUCUCUAGAGAAAUACGCUAUAGCUGCUGGAAGAACUCUUUGUGCCAUCGAGGCAGCUGUUUGUUUGGAAGUACAUUGUUUUCUCUUAGGUCCUUUGGAUCCUUCAGUUUAAGAAGCUGUAAUAUAAAGCAGGUUUGCUUUGAAGUCUUAUUAAAGUUUUAUAAGCUCAAUAUGAAAUUGUUUUUUAAGCAACCCCUUCUCAACCUCGCUUCUUAAAUUGCAGUGAUUUUAUAAUAAAACUUUUUCUUUGCUUAAUGUAUUAACUAUAAGUAGACAAUGUUUGAAGGCAAAGAAAAUAUAUAGUAUAAAAGCUAGACUAGUUCUCACUGAUUGGCACUGUAAUUUGUUUCAUUUUCUGGUUCUAAUAAACAUCCUUAUAAUUUUUCUUGUAAGACUCAACCUUCAAGGUUAGAAGUGGGAAGGCUUUCUAAAAAAAGUCUUGUAUUUUUUUUUCAGUGUUUCCAAUGGUAACAAAUCUUUGUCCUUUGUGAGAAGGUAUGUACUCGUGAAGAACAGGAUAUUUUACAGCGUGACUCACACAAGAGCCAAAAGCUGCUGAAGAAGCUCAUGUCAGGGACGGAGAAUUCUGGAAAGGUGGAUAUCUCCCCCAGGGACCUUCUUCCUCAUCAGGAGUCUCGAAUUAAGUCUGGCCUAGAGAAGGCUGUGAAGCAUAAAGACAAACUAUUAGAGUUUGACAAAACUAGUGUUCGAAGGACCCAAGUCAUUGACGAUGAGUCAGAUUACUUCGCCACUGAUUCUAACCAGUGGUUGUCCAAAAUUGAGCGGGAAACCCUGCAGAAACGACAGGAGGAGCUGAGAGAACUUCGACAUGCGUCCCGACUCUCUAAGAAGAUCACUAUUGACUUUGCAGGCAGGAAGAUCCUGGAAGAAGAAAAUCCACUAGCAGAAUAUCACAGCAAACUGGAUGGGACGAUACAGGCCAUUGCCAGUGGAACCUUGAACCAGCCUCUGAUCAAAUUGGAUAGAUCUUCUGCAGAGCCUUUGGGAACUCUGGUGAAUCCCAACAUGCACCAACCUCCUCCCCAGUGGGUAGACCAGAUAGGUGCAGCCUCACAGAAGAAGGCUCUGCAUUUAGCAGGAUCGGAACUAGAGCUCGAUUCACAUCACCGAAUGCGAAUCCAGGACCAGGAGUUUCAGGAAGGCUUUGAUGGUGGCUGGUGCCUCUCUAUGCAUCAGCCCUGGGCUUCUCUGCUUGUCAGAGGGAUUAAAAGGGUGGAGGGCAGAACCUGGUACACCCCUCACAGAGGACGACUUUGGAUAGCAGCCACAGCCAAAAAACCCUCCCCUCAAGAAGUCUCAGAACUCCAGGCUACAUAUCGUCUUCUUCGUGGGAAAGAUUUGGAAUUUCCCAGUGACUAUCCGUCAGGUUGUCUUCUUGGCUGUGUGGACCUAACUGACUGCUUGUCCCAGAAGCAGUUUAAGGAGCAGUAUCCAGACAUCAGUCAAGAGUCUGAUUCUCCAUUUGUUUUCAUCUGCACAAAUCCCCAGGAGAUGAUUGUGAAGUUUCCUAUUAAAGGAAAUCCAAAAAUCUGGAAACUGGAUUCCAAGAUCCAUCAAGGAGCAAAGAAGGGGUUAAUGAAGCAGAAUAAAGCUGUCUGACCCAGGAGAAAAGAGCUGUGCAGCAUAGUAGAGUUUUGUGUACCAAAUUGCUGUCCACUGGUCCUUUGAAACUGAAGCAGUAGAAAUCUAAAGGCUUGGCAUCAGGCUUGACUUGCACAGAAUUUAAACUCUUAACCAAAAUCUGUAUAUUUUUCUUAAAGAGUGGGAUUCUUACCUUCUGUAGUGGAUCAAACUCUUCGAAUACAUUAUUUAUAAAAACCAGGUUUAAAGAUCCGAAGUCUUUGAUGUUGUCUCAGAAUGGUAUUGGAGUAGAGAAAAGAACAAGUUGGAAAUUCCCUCUCUGAAGCUUGAAUUUGUAGUUAAGAAAAUUCUUAACCUCAAUUAAUGACUUUUGGGGGUGCCACUUGGAUUUUAAAAUUUCUUUUCAAAGCGAUAGCCCAGUUGAAGAGUAGAGGUUUUAGGAAUCCUUUGUUUAAGACAAACCUGUGAUGGGACAGAAAGAUUUUUAACAAGUUUCCUGCUCCAGUCCAGCUUCUCUGAAGUGAACAGUCUUCAAAAGCUGAAUAACCAUCACUGGCAGGUUUUUUUUUUUUUUUUUCCUGAGGGAUAACCUGAAGAAGAAGCGCUGCUGCUUUGUUCUUUGGUUUGAGAAGCUAGGACAUGAGAGGAUGAAACUGGGAGGAGACAGAGCCGCCUGCUAAAGCAGCACAAAGCUGCCCUGUUUGUUCUGUUGGUAUUGCAAAAGCAUCACUUGGAAAGGGCCAUUAGAAACAAACUGAAAAAUAAAAUCCCUUCAGUAAAUGCAUCCAAAUACCCCCAAACCCUGAAACCAAACCUUUUAAACCACCCACACCCCAGGAAGCUAUGAGCUUUGGAAAAACAGGAGGUUGGUUUGAAGUGAGAUUUUUACUAGUCGGUCUGGCCCCACUUAGUGAAGCACUUUGUUUCUGAGGCUGUUCUGAAGAGCUGUCAGAAUCUCAGUUGCUGGCACCUUGAGGAAAUUCAUGGCCUUAAAUGUGUAUGUUCUGCUUUUUAUAAAGCAGCACCAUCACACUGGGGGAGUUGGAUUCCCUCCAGCAGUUUUGUGCAUGACUUUAAAAAAACACAGAGAGGGAGAGAAAAAAAGUGCCCUAUGUUAUGAAAAAGAUUAAUUUCCCCUUUAAUCCUUCAUUUUCAGCAUUUAUUUGCAUUGAAAUGCCUCCACACAUUAUGCAUUGAUGUCUACUCAACUGUGAACCCUGCUUGUUGCAUGGCUCCAGGCAUUGGUUCUGCAGGGCCUGAUCACUCUGGAUUCCCAGGGAAAACCCAUCCCAUUCUUGUUCUGGUGAUGCAGUAUUCUCUUUUUUUUUCUGUUGAAUCUAUGUGGAGAAAGUGGAAAGGACAGCUAAUGGCACUCUUUAGGGGAGAAAAAAGUCUCUUUCUGGCCUCCUGCAGACCCUGGUAGUAUUAAAGAAGUCAUUGGGUUCACUAAGCAGUUAAUAGUUUACCAGGCAAUAACACCCUGAAUUCUGUACUGGAAUUACCUGGUCCUCUUAAUACCAAAAGGAGCCCUGGUAGCACAGUGGUUAAUAGUUCGGCUGCAAACCAAAAUGCCAAGUGUUCAAAUCCAUCCAGCCACUCCAAGGGAGAAAGAUUUGGCAGUCCGCUCUUCCCGUAAAGAUUAAAACCAAAACCCCUUGCUGUCAAGUUGAUUCCAACUCAUAGCAACCCUAUAGGGCAGAACUGCCCCGUAGAGUUUCCAAGGAGCACCUGGUGGAUUCAAACUGUUGAACUUUUAGUUAGCAGUAGUAGCUCUUAACCACUAUACCACCCGGGAUUCCCCAUAAAGAUUAACCAAAAAAACCAAACCCAGUGCCAUCGAGUCAAUUCCUACUCCUAGUGACCCUAUAGGUUAGAGUAGAACUGCCCCACAGAGUUUCCAAGGAGUACCUGGCGGAUUUGAACUGCUGACCCUUUGGUUAGCAGCUGUAGCACUUAUCCACUACACCACCAGGGUUUCCCGAUAAAGAUUACAGCCUAGGAAACCCUAGGGACACUAUGAGUUGAAAUCAACUAGAAGGCAAUGAGUUUUGUUUUGUUUUGUUUUGUUGGUCUUAAUACCAAAAUAAAACCGAAAAGCAGGAGAGGAAGAACCUAGGGAGACAAAAAAAAAUUUUUUUUUUUUUUAAUUUCUUUAAUUUGAGCUAUAGCCUGAGCACAGAGGAGUCUGGGUUGAUUUUCCACCUGGGCAGGUUGUGUUUGCACACCCAAAGAAAACUGACAGGAGCUGUAGGAAAUCUGGUCAUGCAACUGGAGCCACAUGGGUAAAUGGCAGAGUAGCUUGGAAACUUCUCCUUUUCAUGGUUAGACUGUGAAAGCCUGUCUUUCGUUCACGUGGUAGUGGUAUAAGGUCUCUCUAUUUGCGGAGACACCGGGGAGGAAGUGUGGGAGAAACUUGGGGGUAGACGGCUCUCAGUUGCUCAGUGAUGAAUAGCGUAAUUUAAAGCCUAGUGGAAACUCUUAGCAACUUGAAUGCAAACUCGCCUAGGAAUAGCUUUUCAGUGCUUUACAGCACUUUGCUCUGACCCUGUAACUCAGGGACAGCUUGGCCCACAGGAACUUCCACAUUUCUGAGGUGGUUUUCUCUUGUAGCCUAAAUGUCUGCACCCCCUUUUGAAUGGUUGGGUUCAACUGCUAUCCAUUUGUACAGUACCUAAAGGAUAAGGGUUUUUUUUCCUUUUUUUUCUUUUUCAGGCAGAACUGAGUCUUAGUUAUGUAAGCUCAGAAAAUCAAAAGACCAAACCCGUUGGCGUCAAAUUGAUCCCGACUCACAGUGACCCUAUAAGACAGAGUAGAAUGGCCCCAUAGGGUUUCCAGGGAGUGGCUGGUGGAUUCAAACUGCCUACCUUUCAGUUAGCAGCUAAGCUCUUAACUACUGUGCCACCAAGGCUCCAUAUAAGCUCAGAGUAAGAUGUAUAUAAGAAUGGAGACUUUCUCUGUAAGGGUUUAGGAGACUUUGGCCUUGGGGUCAGAUGUUUGGAAUGGAGGAAGGACUUUUCUUGCUUGCUAUAGCUGAUCUGGAGAAACAGAACUAGGUAUCCUCUCUUUCUAAUCUAGAAGUUUACAGAAACUCAUUGCUUCCUAAGUAUAAGUAUGAAAAAUUUAGACUCUAAAAGACAUUACAAAGUUAUGGCUUCUAUCAGUUUUAACUCAAUCUUUUUCCAUUUAAGUACUGUCUCUACAGAAGCCCAUUUAUGUGGAUUUUGUUUAAUUUAGUCAUUUUUUUUAUGCCUUUGCUAGAGCUCCUCACCAAGAUUAAGAGAGUGUGGGGGUUGUUCUCUUGCCCAGCUAAAAAUGACAGUAAAAAACAAGCAUCUGUUAAACUAGAGAAAUCAGUGAACUUCAGUUUACUGGGCCUGGAGGGAGAAAACAAAGUUCAGUGAUGAAGGAAUUUUUCUUUUUCCCUAAGAUUCAAAUGGCAAGUGCACAUCUGCUGUUCUCAGCUUCUGUGAAUGUGUUUGGAGGGAGGUGAUCCAUAUCACAGGCUCCAAGGGAUCCAGCAUGUGGGGGGCUUUUCCACUUCUCUCAUGCAGAAAAGAAAGAACAUAGCCGCAGUGCCAUCCUCUGACAUGAAGAAACUUGUGUGAAUGUCUGUUUAUCUGUUUACACACAAUGUGGCUGAAUUCAUGGGGUGAACCUCUGUAAACUGAUCACGUUUUAGAUUUCCAUUGUGACAAUGGAGAACCCAGAAAGCAAACCUAAUAAAUGUCAUACCCUAGCUUGCAGUCAGGAAAAUAGAGAGCUGAGAAUCUGCAGAGGCAUGUCAUCGGAAGGGGUGUGAGAUGUCAAUACAUGGCCAUUUGAGAAGAGUCUACUGUCAAAUGUGGUAGCCACUAGCCACAUGUGGUUAUUUAAAUUAACUAAAACGAAAUUUAGAAGUCAUUUCUUCUGUCAUAUUAACCAUAUUUAAAGUGCUCACAUAGCACCAUUUGGCUAGUGACUUCUGUAUUGGACAGUGCAGAUACAGAAUAUUUUCAUCUUCGCAAAAACUUUAUUGGACAGCGCUUGUCUGGAGCAGGGGUUGGCAAACUUUUUCUGUAAAGGGCUAGAUAACAAAUAUUUUUGGCUUUACAGGCUGUAUAGUCUGCUGUUGCAACUAUGUGACUUGCUGUUGUAGUUAAAAGCAGCCAUGGACAAUAUGUAAAUGAAUGAGCAUGUUUAUGAGCUAAUAAAACUUUAUUAAUGGACACUGAAAUUUGAAUUUUGUAUAAUUUUCAAGUGCCACAAAAUAUUUAUCUUGAUUCUUUUUUUCCCAACCAUUUAAAAUUGUAAAAACCAUUCUUAGUUUAUGGAAUGUACCAAACAGGCAGUGAGCCUCAUUUGACACAUGGACUGUAGUUUGCCACCUCCUGGUCUAGGGGACCAGGAAGUUAAAACUUACGAUUUUGCUUACUAUACAGGACAUCUGACCACUUGAAAAUUUUUAGUUGCUCUUCGAGCUUGAGAACUUUCCCUAGCUCAAAAUAAGGGUUCACUGUGGGAUGUUUACUUGCCUUUUUUCUCUUAUUUUGCAGUCUAGUCCUCUCCAGUGGUAGAGCCCUACCCCUUCAGUAGUAGAUGACUACUAG